GGUAGUGAUACAGAACGAGAUGGAGUAGCUCCAGAGAAGUCCUCUCCAGAAAGAGAGAAGAAAAAGGAACAAUCAGAUGCCUCUAGUUCUCCCAGAACAUCAAAGCAUCAUUAUUCAAGAUCACGCUCACGGUCGAGGGAGAGAAGACGGAAGUCAGAUACUGAAGGAAGAAAACACAGAAGCCGGAGCAGAAGCAAAGAGGCAAGAAGACAUGAAUCCAAAGAGAAGUCCUCCAAGAAGCACAAAUCUGAAGACCACAAUGACAAAGAGCAUUCUUCUGACAAGGGAAGAGAUAGCCUAAAUUCAUCUGAGAAUGGUGAGGAUAGACAUAAACGCAAGGAGAGAAAGUCAUCCAGAGGGAGGAGCCAUUCAAGAUCCAGGUCCCGCGAAAGACGUCAUCGUAGUAGAAGCCGUGAUAGGAAAAAGUCCCGAUCUCGCAGCAGAGAGCGAAAACGACGUAUAAGAUCUCGUUCUAGAUCAAGAUCUAGACACAGACAUAGGAGUAGAAGUAAAAGCAGAACUAGAAGUAGAAGCAGAGAGCGGAAGAAAAGAAUUGAAAAGCCCCGAAGGUUCGGCAGGAGUCCCAGCCGCAGUCCGAGCCCGCCGCCUUUUCGGGGACGAAAUACAGCUAUGGAUGCCCAGGAAGCUUUAGCCAGAAGACUGGAAAGAGCAAAGAAACUACAAGAACAGAGAGAGAAGGAAAUGGUUGAAAAACAGAAGCAACAGGAAAUGGCUGCAGCGGCCGCAGCCACUGGAGGCUCCGUUAUUAAUGUUGCUGCUCUUCUGGCAUCGGGAACACAAGUCACUCCUCAGAUAGCAAUGGCAGCUCAGAUGGCAGCCCUGCAGGCGAAAGCACUAGCAGAGACUGGAAUAGCUGUUCCCAGCUAUUACAACCCCGCAGCAGUGAAUCCAAUGAAAUUUGCUGAGCAAGAGAAGAAACGGAAGAUGCUUUGGCAAGGCAAAAAGGAAGGG